AACAUGGGGUUAAACAUUAAACGUUUCGGCCGAGUGGCCUUCGUCAACAAGAACAUCACUGAUUUCACGACCAGCAAUCUGGAUUCGGGAUGGAGCGGUGGCGCAGUGCUUAGCGCAUCGCGCCGGCGAAGCACCAAAGUCGAUGGGACCCCGGUUCGAUUCCCGGCCACGGGCAACAUCAGCGAUAAUUGCUGUCAUCAAGUCGAGGUGACAUCAGAGAGUUUCAAAAGGAAGGCGGAAUUGUUACAGAAGUGACCGGAGACACAGACACACACAGACACACACACACAGACACACACACACACAUAGACACACACACAGACACACACACACACAUAGACAAAGACACAGAGAAAUAUCACCACGUAAAGCCUUCACAGACUUUGGGGGCAAGUGCUGCGCAAAGAACACAUCCAUGUGCGUUGAACCACAACAACAGCAAGCAGCCGUUGGCGGUGACGUCACCACGGCGCUGGUGCCAGGCUAGGUGGACUUCAUGACACCCACGCGUACUUAAAAAAAACCGCACGAAGGCAAAGAUCCCCCGUAUAGCCUACACAGGCUUGCCGGGGCAAAGUGCUCCUAGCGAGUAGCUUCGCUUACGACGCCGUCACACCCCCGACCGUCUCCCCGCACGAAACGCCAAUCCUCUCGAGCUCCCCGCGACCAUGUAUCAGAGCCUCUCAAUGUCCCCCAGCAACGGCUCGCAGGGCUACGCUCAUCACGACUCGCACCACCACCACCACGCCAGCCCCUUCAUGCACGGCACUGCGGCCGCGGCCGCCGCGGCUGCUGCGGCCGCUGCGGCCGCGGCGGCGACGGCGACACCGCAGGGCCCCGUGUUCGUGCCGACGAGCCGAGUGACGCAGAUGUUGCCGUCGCUGCCGUACCUCCACCCGCCAUCGCAACCGCAACACGGCGGAGGUGGCGGAGGUGGCGGUGGCGGCGGCGGACAUUCCGCCUGGAGCCCUUCGUCGUCCGUGUCCGGCGGGACUGGCGGAGCUCCUGAAAGCGACAGCGGUGGCGGUCUGUCCGGCGUCUCGUACUCGACCGUGCCGAUGCACCAGAGUCUGGCGCCUCGCUUCUCCUACGCGGCGGCCUCCGGCAGCGCCGUGGGAACUCGAGAGCCGUUCGUGGGCAGCCCCCUGGCCGCGUCGGCCGCCGGCAGAGACCACCACCACCCCCACCAGCACCACCACCACCACCAGCAUCAGCACCAGCAGCAGCAGCAGCAGUACACGUGCGGCUCGCUGGGCAUCUCGCUGAACGGGGCGUACAACGGCGUCUACUCGCCGUACGUGAGCCACGAGGUGGCGGCGGCGGCGGCGUGGUCCUCGCCGGGGCCGUUCGAGGGCGGCUCGCUCCUCCACCACGGCCUCCACGCGGGCCGCCCGCCGCACCUGCAGGCCCGCAGGCCCGACUACGAGCUGAUGGAUGACUUCAUGGAGGGCCGCGAGUGUGUGAACUGCGGCGCCAUGUCCACCCCGCUGUGGCGGCGUGACGGCACGGGGCACUACCUGUGCAACGCGUGCGGCCUCUACCACAAGAUGAACGGCAUCAACCGGCCCCUCAUCAAGCCGCCACGACGCAUGCAGUCCGGCUCGCGCCGCGUCGGCCUCUCGUGCUCCAACUGCCAGACGAGCACCACGACGCUGUGGAGGAGGAAUACGGACGGGGACCCCGUGUGCAACGCCUGCGGCCUCUACAGCAAACUCCACGGCGUCCCGAGGCCUCUCGCCAUGAAGAAGGAGGGAAUCCAGACGCGUAAACGCAAACCCAAGAACCCCAACAAGUGCAAGCCCCAUCCGGGGCCGGAUCAGGCGGGGGAGCUGGGAGUGGGCACGGGGAAGGGAGCGACCCCCACGGAGCCAAUCGCCCUCAUCAAGAUGGACCCAGGCCUGGGCACGUCCGGGUACAGCUCGCCCAACGCCACACAGGGUUCAUCGCCGGCCUCCCCCGUGGCCGGCGUCCAGAGCCCGCGCUCGGGCGCGCUGGCCAUGCACGCGGUGCAGCGGAGGAACCUGUCGCCGUCGGCGCCGACCCAUCACCAACCGCAUCAGCCCCACCACCACCACCAGCAUCACCAGCAGCAGCAGCAUCAGCCCCACCACCACCAGCACCACCAGCAGCUCCAGCAGCACCAGCAGGUUUCGUCGGAGCAGCACGACGCGGGGUCGGAGGGCGCGCGACACGGGUUCUGGUGCGCGAUGACCCUGGUGUAGUCGCCACUGUCUCUCUGCGGCGGGAGCCGAAGUUUCUUGAUUCGUGACGUUCCGGCGGCGGCGCAUCACCCCCCCCCCCCCUCAUCCUGCGGAGCGCGACUCACCUUCAUCGGCAGCCGCAGCGCUUCCUGCCGGACGUCCGUGAAGAAGAGCUUCAUGGCUCACCGGAUUCGUCCGCGAUCAGCGAUGAUUGGGACACGAGCGAGAGCUGCGGGGACGGUGUCGACGUCCGUUGUCUCGUCAGCGGUGGCCGCGCCACGACCCGGAAGGAGAAGCUGUCGUCCGUCUGGAAACGUCGGUCGUCACCGGAGGUUUCGCUUCAGCGCUGGUCCGGUCCGUCCGGACCGCCGACCCUGGAAAAAUAUUUCCGCACCCGGCACACCACGUCCAGGGUCGCCCGAACCACCCGCGGGAAAAUAGCGACGUGAAGAACCGUGCGGUCAUCCCCACACGGUCACUUGGCGAAGCAAGCGCCGGGCAAUGACGCCGGAUUCGGACGCUCGCUGCUUCACGGGGACUCGAGAGAGACGCGGUUGUACGGUGUCCUAAGCCAGAGACGGUUCUGAUAAUAUUAUUAUUUUUAUUAAUAAUAUGAAUAACAAUAUUAGACGUAAAAUAUACCGCGUAUGUACAGGGUGGCCCAAAACGUCGGGACACAGAGGGUAAUUAUAUUUAUUUUGACAAUUCAUAUCGGGGCUGCUUUUAACGUCUCCUUUGCAAUUGUUCAAACUGACUUCCAUGCACGGAUGCACGAGUUCUCUUCGAAAUUAUUUUUUCUAUUCGAAAAUAUUACGGCUGCCUUCUUUAGCAAACACACACACACGCACAUAUACAAACUGAAUUGAACUCGCUCAUCUUUAGUUAAUUUUCUUUGAAUUUUUAAAUGCCAUCAGAAGGAGUUGGAGGGAGAAGAGGAAAAAUAAAUAUUAAUAGUGAUAACAAAUUACAUAUUAACUUACGGAAUAAAUUCGAUGUUUUCAUGAAAUAACCCUGUGGGUUCUGAACUCUUUGGGCCAUCCUAUAUAUAUGUGUGAGUGUGUGGGGGAGCGGUGGUGCAGCGGUUAGCGCCUUGCGACACGAACCUGGCGACCCGGGUUCGAUUCCUGCUCACGGCCAACACCGGUGACGAUUAUCUGAACCGGUCCUGGGCCUCGCCUAGGUUGACUCAGCCUCAAAUGAGUACCUGGUGCGGUGUGUAAACAUCGCCACUGGGGAGACAAAGGCGGUCGGGCGUGGUGCUGGCCACCCACCCCCUUCGUGUGCCGUUCCGGCCUUCAUAGGUGCUCGCUAACAGCACUUGCCCCAACAGUUUGUUAAGGCCUACACGGUGGGGUCUUUGCAUUUCUUUUUUACAUGCACACACAAAGUGAGAUUGAAAUGUAGAAAGCAAUGAGAGAAUGAACGCGGAGAGAUAUAACAGAGAGCCAUUCCUUGGAACGGAAAAGACAAAACUCAAAAGCACGAGCAGCGGCCGCAUCAGAAGCAUCUUUCGCAACUUCUUUCCGUCCUCUUUGUUUGGUGAGAUUUGCCAAAGAAUACUUGUUUUGUUCGCGCGAACUCCGCGUGACGCUCGUGCGGCACACACGCGUCACACCGCUUCUUGUGUCAACAGGGUGGUGGUGGUAGUUGUGGUUGUUACGGGCCACGCUUCUGGUCCCGUCGCGAUCCGGGGAUGCGGAAUCUGACCGGAGGAUCGGGCUGCGUGCUUUGUUCCGUCCAUUAGAUUACUGCAGAGUAACACUCCUGAUCUAAACACCCUACUCAACAACACCCCACUCAACCACACCUUUCUGAACAACACCCAUACCACCAGCAGUGGCAGCAACGGCAGCAUCACCGCAUGCGAAGCGCUCCAUCUGUGUGGCAGCUCCAUGAUUUCACCGGGACACGAUUUUGAGAAUCCCCAUCCGUCGCUGUUGUAUUAUUGCCGUGCCUACUUUGUUUCGUGUAGCGUCGUCACGAACCUACGAAGGAACUUACGGACAUACAGUUGCGAUUUGAAAUUUACACAGCGUCUGCAUGAAAACCGCGUCUCAAUUACCAAGUGAUGAUGAUGAUGGUGGUGACAUCAUCAUCAUCAUCAUACUCUCUACCCUACUCCUCCUCACACAGAGAGACUCACAGACUCACGCAGAGACCCAUAGACUCACACAGGGACCCACAGACUCACGUAGGGACCUAUAGACUCACGCAGGGACCCAUAGACUCACACAUAGACCCAUAGAUUCACACAGAGACCCACAGACUCGCACAGACACAUAUAGACCCACACAGAAACCCAUAGACUCACGUAAAUAGACGCACAAACCCACAUAGAGACACAUACAUCUCCCCAGACAGUUUAUCCCUCCCAACCCACUCUGCCCUUCUAGUCUUAGGUCUUCUCUUCGCUCCCAACGCGCAUCCCAGCAGAGAGAAAGAGAGGCACUGGUAUCACGCCUCAAGAUGCAGGAACAAUAAGUAAUAUUUAAAAAAACUUUUUUUUAAACACGCUUUAAUUAAAUGUACCCUACUAGUAAUGGAAGAACUCCACGACUCCAGGAAGUGGCCCCGAAGCUUGCCACAACGUAAGGGGCCAUGGUGAUGUACAGCCAACGUCAGUUGAGCGUGGACAAUUAGACCCAAGGCGAAACAUAACAUAUAAAAACAUAUUUUUAGAAAUAUUUUUAUUAUUUGUUAUGAUAGAAUAUAGUAUUGUCAUCAGUAUGACAUAAGUAUACCGAGUUUGCAGUCGAUACCACAUUGGGAAGUGGGUUAAAAUUGAGGAUACAACGACAACAACAACAGAGGGAGUUAAUAGAAAGCGUGUAAAAAUAAAACAUAGAAGAUGCAGGAACAAAAACAACCCAGCACCCUCCAAGCGGAUGGUCCGAGGGAGGCACGCGAACGCAAUGCGAUUUCACGCGCGCGUGCCGUGGUAAAGGCGCGGCCCUGCAAUGUCCCACUCACGCCGCCACUGGCAGACGGACAUCCACUGAGAGGGAGCGUCAAGACAGCGCCUCCGGUGGAUGGAAUUUGGCCUACUCUUCCAUGCUGACCGCACGUGUUGCAAGCGGUGGAAGCACCCACCCACCCACACGACCCCAACGCAGGUGGACCUGAAGAGGUCCACUAACACGUGUGAGUCGAUUGAUUCCCUGUUGCUGGCUGCGUGGAUUGGUGGGUGUUGUUUAGGAACUCGCCCCAUUGUUUCGACUGCCUAGCCAGGAGAUGGAAUCGAACCUGCGAACUCUGCGUUGCGAGUCUCGUGUGCCGCUGCUGCUACUGCUGCUGACCGUCACCCCACACUGUGGCAGCUCCCCUUGUAAUCGAUAAUCAAUAACCAAUAUUAAUCGAUGAUAAUCGAACGUUCAUCGACGACUCGAGCGGCAAGAAAUGCUGCUACCCGCCCGACCAGCACACGUUUGCGUGUUUUCGUUUAUAAAUAUAUAUAUAUAUAGCUAUGUUGUACACGUGUAUGUCAUUGUUUAGAUGUUCUUAAUCAAAUCAAAGUGCAAUUUGCUAUUUGUUUUUUUUGUACCAAUCAGUGUUAACGACGAAUGAGGCGGUGGUCGAAGCCGAGACGGAAAUGUUGAUGCGCGCGCAGUGUGGCGCCUCGCCUAGACGCUCCACACUCGCCGCUUGGGCACAGGUGAGCGGGCAGCGGUGGCGCAGCGGGUAGCGAGCGGCACAGGUGAGCGGGCAGCGGUGGCGCAGCGGGUAGCGAGCGGCACAGGUGAGCGGGCAGCGGUGGCGCAGCGGGUAGCGAGCGGCACCGGUGAGGGCCGAGUCGGUGGCCAGCACCACGCACGGCCACCUUUGUCUCCCCAGUGGCGAUGUUUACGCACGACUGCACCCGGUACUCAUUUGAGGCUGAGUCGACCCUCGCGGAGGUCGAGGACCGGUUCGGAUAAUCGUCACCGGGGUUGGAGGCGGUGAGCGGGAAUCGAACUUGGGUAGCUGCUGGGAUCGUAGCUCAGCGUAGCGCUAACCACUGCACCACCGCUCCCUAGAUCACCUAUAACCUAACACAAAGACAAAGAUCCCCCCCCCCGUAUAGGCUGUAACAGACUGUAGGGGCAAGUGCUGUUAGCGAGCACCUCUGAAGGCCUGGCACAGCACGCGAGGGGGUGGGUGGCCAGCAACCACGCCCGGCCGCCUUUGUCUCCCCAGUGGCGAUGUUUACAUAUCGCACCAGGUACUCAUUUGACGCUGAGUCGACCUAGGGGAAGCCCAGGACCCAUUCGAUUAAUCGUCACUGGUGUUUUGCCUUGAGCGGGAAUCGAAACCCGGGUCGCCGGGUUCAAAGCGCAGCGCGCUAACCACUACACCACCACUCCCCACCACACAACACACAGCGCGCUAACCACUACGCCACCGCUCCCCACCACACAACACACGCGGGCGCGAUGUCCGUCCAGUGUUUGCAAGAUGCGAUGUCAAUAAUGACACGACCAAAGAAGUCUACGAUCGUUUGAUUGUUUUGUAUUUAGGAAAAUAAACACUUGCUCAGAAUUUACUAUUAUUAUUAUUCAUAUUUUAUCAAGAGUAAACUAAAAAAUAUUCGCUCCCAGUUUGUUUAGGUUUAGGGUGUUUUACGUUCAAGUCGGCAAAGCAAGUGGCUAUUCUGAGCCAGUUGAAUUGAAACAGAAUGGGUCACCUCCCCGCAUGGCACGUGUAGAUAUUGCGACUUGAUGGUGAUGAUGAUCGUGGUGGCGUACGCAUGCACGCACACGCAACGCCUAUACGAUGUGUGCGUGUGUGUGUGCGUCGGUCAAGCUGUAAUUUUGUGAUGUUUAAUGUUUUUUUUUUAAAG